AUGAGCAAGAUCAUCGGCAUUGAUCUGGGGACUACCAACUCGGUGGUCGCCGUGAUGGAGGGUGGCCAGCCCGCCAUCAUCCCGAACGCCGAAGGUGGCCGCACCACCGCCUCGGUGGAGCGGAAGGACGACGGCGGCAUCGAGGUGCUCCUCGGGGGCAAGAAGUACACGCCGCCGCAAAUCUCGGCGAUGGUGCUGCAGAAGAUGAAAGCCUCCGCCGAGGCUUACCUCGGCGAAACCGUAGAGCGGGCCGUGAUCACGGUCCCUGCCUACUUCAACGACGCCCAGCGCCAGGCUACCAAGGACGCCGGCGAGAUCGCCGGGCUGGAGGUCGUGCGCAUCGUCAACGAGCCCACCGCCGCCGCUCUCGCCUACGGACUCGAAAAGCAGAAGAGCGAGAAGAUCGCGGUGUACGACUUCGGCGGCGGAACCUUCGACAUUUCCAUUCUCGAAGUCGGCGAGGGAGUGGUCGAGGUCCGCUCCACCAACGGGGACACGUACCUCGGCGGCGACGACCUCGACAAGCGGGUGAUGGACUGGAUCGUCGCGGAGUUCAAGAAGUCCGACGGCAUCGAUCUCAGCGCCGACCGGAUGGCGCUCCAGCGGCUCAAGGACGCAGCGGAGAAGGCCAAGAUCGAGCUCUCCACCACCCAUGAGACCGAGAUCAACCUCCCCUUCAUCACGGCCGACGCUUCGGGGCCGAAGCACCUCGCGCUCACCCUGUCGCGCGCCCGGCUCGAGGCCCUGAUCGGGGACCUCCUGGAGCGGACCCGGAAACCCAGUCUGCAGGCGCUCGAAGAUGCGGGCCUUGCGGGGGGAUCGAUCGACGAAGUAGUGCUGGUCGGGGGCUCCACCCGGAUUCCCCGGGUUCAGGAACUCGCCAAGGAGAUCUUUGGGGCCGAGCCGCACCAGGGUGUGAACCCGGACGAGGUGGUCGCAUUGGGCGCCGCGAUCCAGGCGGGAGUGCUCGCCGGCGACGUCAAGGAUCUGCUGCUGCUGGACGUGACGCCGCUUUCCCUCGGGAUCGAGACCCUGGGCGGCGUCUUCACCUCCCUGAUCAAGCGCAACACCACGAUCCCGCACCGGGCGAGCGACGUUUUCUCCACGGCGAGCGACAACCAGACCCAGGUCGAGGUCCACGUCCUUCAGGGCGAACGCGCCAUGGCGGCCGACAACCGCACGCUCGGAAAAUUCAAUCUGGUCGGCAUUCCGCCGGCUCCCCGCGGGGUGCCCCAGAUCGAGGUGUCGUUCGACAUCGACGCGAACGGCAUCGUGAACGUUUCGGCCAAGGACCGGGCCACGGGCAGGGAACAGGCCAUCACGAUCACGGCCUCGAGCGGUCUCUCGAAGGACGAGAUCGAAACCAUGAAGACGGAAGCGGCCUCCAACGAGGAGACCGACAAGCAGCGUCGCGAAGAGGUCGAGUUCCGCAACGCAACCGAUUCCCUCGCCCAUCAGGUCGAGAAGAUGCUGAACGAGAAUCGCGACAAGAUCGGAAGUUCGGACGCCGAGGAGAUCGAAAAAGCCCUGGCGACGGUCCGCGCCGCGCUCGCUGACGGCGAUAUGGACCGAAUCCGGACCGCGCGCGGCGAGGUGGAGAAGGCGAGCCACCGGCUGGCGGAACUGAUGUACCAGAAGACUGCCGAUUCCGGCGACGCUGCGGCGGACCCCGCCGCCCCGCCGCCGCCCCCUCCACCGGGAGGAGAAAAACGCAAGGGCAACGGGGCCGCGGAUGACAUCAUUGAUGCGGAGAUCCAGCGGGCCUUCGAGGUGCUGGGGGAUACCGAGCGCCGCGCCGAAUACGACCGCCGUGGCGGCGCGGAGCCGACCCCCGUGCGGGUCCAGCGCGUUCACUACGGUUUCGCCGGGUUCGACUUCGGCGAGGAGCCCGCGAAGGAAGAGUGGGCCCUCCACGAGAUUCUCGGCAGCUCCGAGCGGGCCGAAUCCGGAUCCGCCGAAACCGAUCCCGACAUCCAUGCCCGGGUGCGGGUUUCCUUCGUCGAAUCGCUGGAGGGGAAGCAGAUCCGGCUCCUGAUCAGUCGGCGCGAGACGUGCGGCGCGUGCGGAGGCCGGGGUGAGCGUCCGGUCGGGGAAGCCACUCCUCAGGGGAUCGAAUGCAGCGCCUGUCGCGGCGCCGGCCGGCGGCUCCGGCGCUACGGCCACAUGGUGUUCGCCCGUCCGUGCCGCCGCUGCGGCGGGCAGGGGCUGUUGUUUCAUACCGCCUGCUCUACCUGCACCGGGCGCGGGAGCCGGAUCCGUGCGGUCCGGGUCGUCGCCCGGGUUCCGGCCGGCGCGGCCGAUGGAGCGACCGUGGUUGUGGAAGGACAGGGGCACGAGCGGCUACCCGGCGAACCACCGGGAGAUCUUCGGUUGCACGUUGAGGUAGCCGCCCAUCCGGUUCUCGAACGCCGCGGCGACAAUCUCAUCUGCCCGCUGCCGCUGACCCUCGCGGAGGCCUCGCUCGGAGGACGCAUCGAGGUGCCGACGCUCUCCGGCAACGUGAUCGUCCGGCUGCCGCCGGGAGUCCAGCCCGGCACCCGAUUGCGCCUCGCCGGACGCGGGGUUCCUUCCAUCCGCGGUGACGGCCGCGGCGACCUCUUCCUCGAGGUUCGGAUUCACAUCCCCGAGAUCCGCGACGAUCGGUCCCGGGAUCUCGUUCGGGAGCUGGAGCAGCGCUAUCCGGAGUCGCCUCGCGAGGCGCUCCGUGAGAAGCUUCGCCUCUAG